AAACAAACUCUCUACCUUUGAGGUAGGGUGAGGUACGCAUGUUCUACCCUACACAGACCGCACUUUGUGGGAUUAAACUGGAUAUGUUAUUGUUGCUGAUAGUAUAGCUGUCAAACUAAUCAUUCAGAGUUGGAGGUCACACUGAUAAUCGACAGUGUUAGAGGUUAUGGCAUUGAAGGGCACAUGUGCAUAUUUAAUAUUCGUCAUGUUCACUCUCUAACGAUGUUGUUCGAGUCAACCUGUGUACAAAUUAGGCCCAAAUUUGAGUUGUUGGAUACUCGCACUUGCCCAAAUUUCAUGACCAAACAGUGGUAUUAAGAAUUCGAGUUUGAAUACUAGUGAAAGUUUUUGUAAAUAAUAUGUUCACAAAUUUGAAGUACAAAAUGCCUUGUACUAGAAAUGAAAAAAGUAUUCAUAUGUGCCCUACACAUCAAAGAGAUCCAGAUCACAUGUCACAUGUGCGUGUUGCUCAGUUGGAGAGUUGCCUCCAAACGUAGACGUGAGACGUUCAUCCUAAUGGUAGUGAUUCGAAUCUCACUAUAUUCCCCUCCCCAAAUCCCUUCCCUCCACUAAUAAAUAAAUAAUUUUUUUAAGAAAAUUUAAAUCGAGUCAAAUUCGUAAUUAACCUUUAUCAAUCUUCUUGACGGGAAUAUUUUGGUAGAGGCAAGAGAGAGAGAGAGCAAAAGUCCCAGUCUUCAACUCCGACCAAACUCCCAUGGAUUCCGAUGGCUCUCACAUUUCAUCAACUCCCUCACAUUCCCCAUCGAGCCGCCGUGCUCUUCUUUCUACCGCAAAAUCAACAACUCAACCCAAAAACACCUCUGUUUUUUCCCGCCCAAUUAUAAGACCAAAAAAAACCUCAUCCAAAAAACCCUACACCGUUUCCCCUUCUGAAAGCUCGUGUUCUUCGAAAUUAUCUUCCUUGGAAACCCCCAAAUUCUCCGAUUUACCAUUCCAAAUCCACCGUUCGGCAAACGCCGUUUUGUCCCAUGACAACAGUUCCGGUGAAGUUCUUCCAGCAGGUGCCUUGUGCUUACAGAAAUUUGCUUCUUUUUCGAAAGCCGGCAAAACCAUUCUCAAUUUUGAGCCCGUUGAAGCUGAUUCUAUUGACCCCCGGUUGACCCAAGAGAAUGAAAAGGAAGCAGUUGAGUCGGGUUGUCGGACGAAAGCUGUGAAGAAGUAUCCUAAUUUAGUAGGGAGCAGCAAUGCUUCGUCGUCGUUGCCAGUAAAGAAGGUUAAAUGUGCUAAUGAGGGUAACUUUGUAAGGCUGAAUAUAAAUGGUUAUGGUAAAAAGUUUGCAUCCAAAUACAAAAGAAGGAAUGCUAAUUCAUCAACUGGUAAAAAGUUCUUUAGGAGAUGGAAAAAGAAAGUUGGGGUUGUAGGUGAGGAAGGGGAAAAUGGCUUGUGUGAUGAAGAAGGUUUGGUUGUGGAAGUUAAGGGAAGAGGAGAAAGAUUGGAUUUUGAUGAAGAGUUGAUUGAAGAAGCUGUGAUGAGAGUUAGAAAUGAGGCGUCAGAUGAGAAUUUGUUGAGGUUGUUAAAGCUGAUUUAUGGGUAUGAUUCAUUUAGAGAUGGGCAGUUGGAGACUAUCAAGAUGGUGCUUUCAGGGAAAUCUACAAUGUUGGUUUUGCCAACGGGUGCCGGGAAGUCACUGUGUUAUCAGCUGCCUUCAAUGGUUUUGCAGGGAGUUACAGUUGUUAUUAGCCCCUUGGUUUCCUUGAUGAUUGAUCAGCUAAAGCAGUUGCCUGCUGCAGUUGAGGGUGCUCUUUUGAGUAGCAAUCAGACACCUGAGGAGGUCUUGGAAACGUUUAGGUUACUUGAAGAAGGAUCCAUAAAGGUCCUUUUUGUUUCACCAGAGAGGUUUCUCAAUUCAGAAUUCUUAUCCAUUUUUCGUAACUCUCAAAUCUCACUUGUGGUUAUUGAUGAAGCCCACUGUGUUUCUGAAUGGUCACACAAUUUUCGGCCUUCAUAUAUGCGGCUUAAAGCAUCGUUGUUGCGUGAUAAACUGAAGGCGCAAUGUAUACUUGCAAUGACAGCAACAGCAACUACUAAAGCAUUGUAUCAUGUGAUGCACGCAUUGGAUAUCCCAUCAACUAAUCUUAUUCAAGUAGUGAAACCAAGGGAUAACUUACAGUUAUCAGUAUCUUCGAGUGAAAACAGGAUGAAAGAUCUGAUGACCUUGCUGAAGUCUUCCCCCUUUUUAGAGGCUAAAAGCAUCAUCAUUUACUGCAAAUUUCAGUCGGAAACUGAUUUCAUUUGCAAAUAUCUAUGCGACAAUAAUAUCUCGGCAAAGAGUUAUCACAGUGGAAUUUUUGCAAAAGAUCGGAGCCGUACGCAGGAACUAUUUUGUGCGAACAAGAUAAGAGUGGUUGUUGCAACUGUGGCUUUUGGCAUGGGACUCAAUAAGAAGGAUAUUGAAGCCGUGAUACAUUACAGCUUACCAGAAAGCUUGGAAGAGUAUGUCCAGGAGAUUGGUCGUGCUGGACGUGAUGGUAGAGUCGCUUAUUGCCAUCUCUUUUUCGAUGAUGUUUCUUAUUUUAAGAUUCGCAGUCUUAUGUACAGUGAUGGUGUCGAUGAGUAUGUGGUGAACAAACUGCUGUGUCAAAUUUUCAGUGGCAGCACAAUCUCAACUGGGAAAAUUUGUUCACUAGUUAAAGAGUCUGCUUGUCGUAAAUUUGAUAUGAAAGAAGAGGUAAUACUAACAAUCUUAACACAGUUGGAGCUAGGCGAGGUCCAAUACUUGCACUUGCUCCCACAGACCAGUGUAACAUGCACUUUGAACUUCCACCAGACUUCUCCUGCAAUGCUAUCUACGAAAGAUGCUGUAGUUGCUGCUAUUCUGAAGAACUCUGAGAUCAAAGAUGGGCAGUAUAUAUUUGACAUACCAAGUGUAGCUAACAGCACUGGACUGCAAAUUGUUGACUUGUCAAACCAUUUGCAAACUCUGAAGAUUAAGGGGGAAGUCACAUAUGAGCUGAAGGAUCAAGCUUAUUGUUUUGUUAUCACAGACGCCCCGAAGGAUAUCUGUUCUUUAGCUACAUGGCUUACAAAGUGGUUAUCUGAAGUUGAGAGUUGUAAGGUAAGGAAGAUGGACACGAUGUAUGAUGCUGCAGUAUUUGCAGCAGAAGCAUGUGACAAAGUGCAUGGUUGCCGUGGCCAUCAACACACACCAUGCUUGCAAAGGAAGAUUGCAGAGUAUUUUGUAAAUGGUACUGAGGUUGAUGUUCCAAAGAGGAUUGGUGGAAGCAGCCCAUUUUUGACAGCUGAUAUAAAGGUAUUUCUGCAGUGCUAUUCACAUGCCAAAUUUACUCCCAGAGCCAUUGCAAGGAUAUUGCACGGCAUUGCAAGCCCAGCAUUUCCGUAUGCUAUUUGGUCGAGAACACACUUCUGGGGAAGGUACAUGCAAACAGACUUCAAAGCAAUAACCGAAGCAGCAAUGACAGAACUCAUGAAUCUUGUAGGGAGGGAUGCUCUUUAAUGAGGUCAUUCCAUGUUAUGACACAUUGAGAUUUAACUUCUUUUUUUUUCUGGUAACUAACAAUUGUUUUAUUAAUCACCAAGUGCAAUCAUACACAACCAUAGUCAGCUAGACACAUCUGACUAUCUAAAGUAAAGCUAGAAACCUACUCCUUGUCUGGUCUACUAGUUUCCUAUGUAGUCUCCAGUACUAGCUAGAACACUAACGUCAACCAGAUUUUUCACCCUAUGAGAUGAUCUACUACAGGUCAUAUAAACUACCGCCCUUGCUAUGCUGCCCCAAUCUCUGGCUUUCUUUUCAUACAUCCGUUGGUUUCUUUCCAUCCAUAUAGCAUACAAAUACUCCGCGUAGUUUGUUCUGAACAGGUGAGCUUGUGCUGUUCGACCUUUAGAUUGCUGAAGAAUCCACCCCAAGUUCUGAUCCCAAGUAGCAGCACCUGAUUGUUGUAUCUGCAUCCACACAAGAAGUCUAGUCCAUAUCAGGGCUGAAAAUUCACAACUUAGAAAUAAAUGAUCGCUUGUCUCGGGAUAUUUGUGACAAAGCACACAUUCCAAAUGAACCGGCAUUCCCCAUUUAGCCAACCUAUCAGUAGUUAGUAACUUCCCCUGUAACUGUAGCCAUCAGCUAUCUAAGAUAUGCUGUUAUGGUUCCCUCGUCUCCUUGGAUUGAGCAUGAAAGCUACAUCCUCUUUCUUUCUUUCUUUUCCUUCCAGUGCUUGCAUGAGUAGGAAUCUCUCAAGGCAACAUUUUUCUUCUAGCACUUUUAGGUGAUUCACAACGUUGAGAAAUUCUAAUCCAAACUUUCCAAAGGUAACUAUUUGAAGAAUACAAAAGCUGUUAUCAAAAAUAUCCUGCAAUUGAUGCAAGUUCCAUUUCACAAUUGGAAAACUGCUGUGAAAGAGCUAAGGAGUAAGGUCUUCGUUUCCAGUAGAACAGAUCCAUUAUUGGCCAUCUAACCUCAUCUCUUUCACAAGUAAAUGAUA